AGUAAGGGCGGAGUUAAGAGGCGAAAGUUUGUUGUGGUUUUGAGUCAUUCUGAAUUCAAUAUUUGUGUCUUCUGCCUGUUGUUCUGCUGUAUUUUUCUGAUUUAACUUGAUAUCAUUGUGCCCAUUUUGGUAGCGCUUGUAUCAUACUGUAGUCGUGCCUUUGAAAUGAGGUGAAAUUGAAUGUGAUUGAAUUGGGAGAGUGCGAUUGGUCAAAGCCUAGCAACAGGUUCGUAACUAAGAUCAACAGCAAAGAGGUUUUGAAGUAUGGCAGGACACUGAUGACGGACGAUAUUAAAAAAUUAAAACCGCUGCAUUCCAGUAAAGAAAAAAGAGGGAAGUACAAAAUCCAUAUUCUUUAUAAUGACUAGAGACAUCUGGACAGUUAGUGCUUCAAGAGACAAACCAAGCUUUGAUUUGAAACACAAAGAUGAAGAAAGAAAACUGGAUUUGUGUGACUCCAGUAAGACAUGUGAUGAAACGAGAUCACAAGGGAACAAGCCCGGAAAGAAGGCAGCUCAGUUUGAGGCUGAUGUGCGCACCCUAAUCUCAUCUCCAAAAUGGCUGAAACGUCAUGGCCUGAAGGAAAGUGGGCUUAACCUCUCUCAGGUCCUGUCGAGGAUCGGCUUUAAACACUGUGAAGAUUAUGUUCAUACUUUGCAAAAACCAGUCUCUUCUCAAUAUGGUGAAGGCUUGUUUUCCCAGUUCAAGAAAGAUGGCAGUAUUUAUAAUCUAACAGCCAGAAGAAAUGAGCUUCAAGAGAUCGUAGAAAGGCUGACGAGAAAGAUGAAACUGUAUAAACAGAGACUGGACUGGUUGACCAGUGGGAGUCGGCAGGUUUUUGGUGUGAUCCAGGAACGAUCUGCCACUCUUGUCCUUGACUUUGGCAAUAUAUCCAAGACUCAGUUUGAUCUGAGCUGUGAAGCAGUGUGUCAUGUCAUCAAGGAGCAAUUAUCCCAGAUUGCAAGAUUUAACCUUAUUUGCUGUGCUCCGGACUUGCAAAUGUGGCAGACAAAAGCAGUCCAUACAUCUGGAGCUAACAUUGACUCUGCAGUAGAAUGGAUAUGGAAAUUAAAGAAUGAGCCAUCCACCUCUCAAAGCAGUACCGCAGAAGCAUUGCUAAUGGCCAUGAGCGAUAAAACAAUUGAAGCAGUUUAUCUAUUUGCUGUUGGAGAUUUCAAAGACAAUUUGAUAGAUCUGUUGAGGAAUAAAUUGGUGAAUAGUGUGUGUCCCAUCCACACAAUAUCUUUUAAUGCUAAGAGUGAAGAAACUGUUCAGUUUUUAAAGGGUGUAGCCCAUCUUACAGCUGGGAGGUUCCAUGCUUUUGCAGAGCUACAUGGCUCUGAGCCCUUCGUGUGCGUUGGGGAAAAAGAAGGGGAUGAGAACUGUCACACUCCCCACAUGUCAAGGAGACUAAUUGGGGGUGUGCCUCCAGGCGCUGGUGUCAGGGAGGAUGUCUUCUUAAUCUGGAGAGAGAUGGAGGAGGCGAGAAGCACCGCAGCUGAAGUUCAGGCGAUAUUACUGGAAUCUCACCCGCGGAUUCAAGAACAUCCAGGAGAUAGAAGGACUGAAAUGCCAAAAUCAGAAGACUGUAUGAGCUCCAAAACCUGGCUGACAAAACACGGACUGAAGGCCCAGAACUUGUUGUUCUAUGACGCUCUGGCUGAUUGUGCCUUUCGCCAUUCUGACGGCAUUGUUGAUAUCAAAUCCAAGCCAGACGAUGAGAGUCUUCAAACUGAUGCGGAGAAGAGGAUCAAGCUGGUCAAUGCCAAAUACUGCGAAAGAUUUGCUCACACACAAUGGAAAGAUGGGUCCGUGGUCCAUGUUUAUGUUUCAGCUGAGAAGUGUAAAUGGUAUGAAGACAGGAUGAAUGCAGUUCUUGAGAACUUGCAGAAGAGGCUGGAGUGGCUUCAAAAAGGCAGCAGGGAACUUUUUGGAGCCGUUCUUGAGGAUCAGGUGUAUGUCCUUGUGGACACCUCUGAAUCCAUGAAGGACCAACUUCCCACACUGAAGGAAAAAAUUUUCCAGCUUAUACAGGAACAGCUUCGUCAUAAAGCGAAAGUGAACUUUGUCCAGUUUGGCUCAUGGGUGUCUGCUUGGCAGGAUAGACUGGCUGAGGUGAACGAGCAAAAUUUGGAGAAUGCCUGGUAUUGGGUGAAAGGGCUCCAGGUUGGGGGCUCAACCAACACACUGGGUGCAUUGAGACUGGCUUUGGCAGAUGUUGGCACUGAUGCAGUGUAUCUUCUAACAGAUGGAAGACCUGAUCAGCCUCCAAAGACAAUCCUGGCCCAGGUACAGCUGCACCCACCAGUUCCUGUUCAUACUAUCUCCUUCAACUGUGAUGACCUGGAGGCCAACAGGUUCCUGCAUGAGCUCUCCAGAGAGACUGGAGGUCGUUUCCACUGCUACCAUUCCGAUAUCAAAGAGCCGGGAGCACCCCUUCCAUUUGUGAGUGAAGACACCUACAUUUUAAAGGAAGAAAUUGAAGAAGGAAAGAAGGACUUGGAGAAGGUACAGAAGCUCCGUGCGGAGUGUAUGGUGCUGGAUUGGUAUCACAAUGGCGCCAGUCAGACAGUAAAAAGAAGGCUGGAGAGAGCCCACAGUGCUUGCAGAUUGCAGACCCCUUGUAAGGAUAAAGCCCCUGUAAGGCCUCAGUCAGCUGUAGAUUGGGCUGUCGUCUCUCAUCGCGGUCAUAGGCAUCUCAGCCACACCCACAAAGCCGCCGAGCACAAACCACACAGCCUGUGUAGACAGAAGAUGCGACAUGCUGCACAUACAAAAACCAGCCUGUUAAGAUUCCUGAGCAAUGGAGUAGACAUAAGUGAGAACGAUAGUGUUCUGGAUGAAUGGAUGCUCCCAGAAACGUUGUCUGUGUUCAAAAUGAAUGUAGACAAACAAAGUCAAGUCCUAAAUGGUCUUAAUUUAAUACCUCUUGAUAAGACCCAGAAGAAAGCAAGAAGAAGAAAACCAAAGGAAUCUCUGGACAUGUCCUCUGCUCGCUGGCUUAAAGCGAAUGGUUUGGUUGCCAGGAGACUGACCAUAAUUGAUGCUUUAGCCCCUACAGCUGUACCACAGACCACCAGAUACAUUCCAAUACUGGACAAAUACAUCUAUUCUAAGGUGUUUGAUGAGGUGCUGCCCUUUGCUCAUGUCAGUGGAAGUAAACAGCAGCUCACUUUGGUUAACCCUCAAGCCGUGAAUCUAGAAGGCUACAAGAAGAAGCUUGAACACGCUUUGAAAUCCUAUGAAAGGCGCCUUAACUUAAUUGUAUGGAGAGCACUGACCCAAGAAGAAAGAGAUAAGUUUGGCAGUGAGAAGCCGGUGCCGUUCAAAGAGCACAAGGAGGCCUUGCUUCAGGCUCUGGACAGGCUGGGCUGGCCGAUUGCACAGGAAGAUGUGUCACUGCUGGAGGAUGAGAUAGACACUGGUCUCUCCUUGCUGCAGCAGGCCUCUGACCUGCAGAAAGCUGUAAAAGGAAAGGCAGAUACAGGGGGCUCUACAAAGUGUAGACAGCCUGACGAAAGAGAGAACCAAAUGAGAAACACUUCUGCUGUGCCUUAUAAACACAAAAGGGUGUUGGACACACUCAGAGGUCAGAAAGUCAUUGCAAGGUCAGAGAUUGACGGUUUUUAUUAUCCAGGUACUGUGAUUAAAUGCCUAAACUCCAAAAAAGCAACUGUAGACUUCACACGAGGAGACACUCAAAUUGUUCCUCUGGGCUUUUUGAUUUCUAUUGGAGGAUCUGGACCUUGUCCUCCUCUUGCGGUUGGGGAUUUUGUGUUUGUUGGAACUGGGACAGAGGAUGCAGGUGAUUGCUUUGUCCCUGGGGUUGUCAUAGCAACUCCUCGCAGAACUGAGGCGUCAGAUAAACUGUACACUGUUCUGAAAUACAACAAGAGAAAAGAGCACUCUCCACGAAGAAGAAUCAUUAAGAUCAGCCAGACUAAAUAUUCCUUUGCCUGCCGUUACAUAAGGGAAUGCCAGAUGGUGGAUUACACAAUUCCAAGUGUGCAGUUUGUGAAACCAGUUCCUAAAGUCUCGUCCCAGCGCAGGAAAUCAGGCAGUGUGUCAUCACCAGAAGAGGAAACAAUUAACACAGAGCAUAAGAGGAAGGAUAAGCUGAAAAAUAAGCACAGUGGGAGACCAUCAGACAAGAAUGACAUUUCUGACAGUGACAUGACCCAGGAGGAGGACCAGAAAAGCUCAUCAAGUGAUGAAGGCAGGCAAAAGCCUGGAAAUGAGCCACAGAGCAGCAGCUCUUAUCUGUGCAGAUCUCAGGAGAGGUCAGUUGAUUUGCCGGCCUCACUGAUGGGGACUCCAUUCUCUAAAAGGCUGUCUACCCCCUUAGCCUCAUAUUGUUCUGAGAGAUCAGAAGCUCAGGCUGCGAAACCAUCUUCUACAAAUUUGCUGGAGAGAACUGCAACUACCAAUCAAAAACUAGAGGAGCUGGUUCAGGAGCUGCAGAAGGCUUUGACUGAACACAGAUCACAGCAAGAGCAAAUUCAAAAGUGUGUUCAAGACCUUGCCAGCCUGAAGCUGCAUGGAGAGUCUGAUUUCCUUGCAGAGCAGAAACAAUUAACAACUCAGCAGAGGGAGUUUAUGGAAGGGCUGGAGAAGCUGACUCAUUACUCUCACAAUGGAGCAAGUCAACAAAAGGGUGAGGCUGUGGCUGACAUUCCUGAGUAUGUGAACAGUGCCAGACUCAAACUACCCAAAUUGAGUCCAGGACAAGAAGUCCUUGCCCGUUGGUCUCACGAUGGCUGGUAUUAUCGCAGUUCAGUCAUCCACUCCUGUGGAGACCAGAGCUACUUCCUGCAAAACAAAGAGGGAGAGUUGGAGAGAAUCUGGAGAGAAGAUAUCAUUACAGAUGGUCAGGACUCUGAAAAUGUAAUAAAGAUAGAAGAUCCUGUAAUUGCUGUCCAUCCUCUGUAUCCUGAGUGUUUUUGCCCUGGAGUGGUAAUAAAGGUGAUGGCUGACUUGAAGCUGGAGGUCAGAUAUUAUGAUGGAACCGAAGGCCUGGUCUCCAGAGAGCAGACAUAUUUGAUUCCUGCACAGAAGUUUGAGCAGGAUGUGGCCUACAUGUUGGAGUGUGAAGAACGAUGGGUGGGGGAACCAGUAGUUGCAAGGGAUGAUGCAACUGGAACCUAUCAUCUUGCUGAGGUGCAGCAGCGAGUGGGAGAUGGAAAGCACUAUGUGGUUUGCUGGGCAGAUGGCACAAGCACAGUGCAAAGAAAAUCUUUCAUCUUCGGAAAGUUUAGCCGCUCUUGCAAAUUGGCAGAGGGUGACUUUGUGUUAACCCUAGCAGACCCCGUCUCACUGAUCUUCCUACCUGGUGUUAUUCAAGGGUUCAUUGGCACUAACCUGGAUGUUCAAUUCAUCAAUGGAAAACGCUGUCAGCAUGUGGAAACCCAUCACUGCUUUUGGCUCUCAGAGGAACAGUUUAAUAUAGAAGUACAAAUGUAUAAUAACAAGUAUUUGAAGCACCAACGUGUACAGGAGAAUGAGGAAAAUGAGAGUGUGGAUGAAUUGGCAGAGUCUGUUUACUCUCCUGACUCAAGUACUUCCAGUCACUAAAUGUGCCACUUGAUUGCUCAAGGAACACAGCACAAUUGAAAAUUCACCAAGUAUGAGGCUUUCUAAAUGAUAGUAAGCAACAAAAGACAACAAAACUGAGCUGUACGCUAUUAGAGGAUGGCUGGGUAUGCCAAUAUCUCUGUACAGAAAACCAAUUAAAUAACAUUGAUCAAAUUAUCCCACUGGGACAGACAUACUGUAUACAGUAGCAAAUACUGACUACAAUUCUUACCUCUCAAGAUUUUUAGAAGCUUUACAUAUGUUUCAAUUUAUUUCAGUUUGGGCUCAUUAUGCAGGAGUUAUUAAUGGAUAUGAGCAAUGCUGAAGUGCAAAAAGCACCAAUCGGGUUUAUGUGCCUUUAUCAUGAAUGAGAACCCCUUGCCUGAGUGAGUAAGUACUAAACAUAGAAGCCAUGCAAGCCCCACUCUGUCUUAGUAUAAAAAAUAGUUUUUUUUACAUGUUUUGCUUAAUUUUCAUUAAGUCUUCAGGAUGUAAACUAGAAAAAAAACAAAUAAAUCUUUAGCUUUCACCUCUCUAGGCCACUGCACACAGAAAUUGAUCAAACAAUGAAGGGCCUGACAAUAGUUAUAGUUAUAGUUAUAGUUAUAGUUAUAGUUAUAGUUAUAGUUAUAGUUAUAGUUAUAGUUAUAGUUAUAGUUAUAGUUAACAGAACAAUAGUUAUGCUGAUUCAUACUGGCAACAGUAUCAUUUUAUCAGUCUUCCCAGGUUUCUUUCGAACCAUAUCUACUCCGAACACGCCCUCCCCCCAGCUGUCUCGUACAUCGUAGUCAAACAAUUUGAGCUAAAACACAGCUUUUAACUGACUUGAAAAAGCACCGAAAAAUUCACAAAUCCUUGACAAGUUGCUAUGCUUACCUAGAUCCCCACGGUUUGAAUAUCAAUCUAUUCAAAUAUGCAAGUAAGCCCGUCUUUCCUUAAGUAACUUAAGUAUCCAUCAAGCACGUAAUCUAUCUCAUACAUAUUCAGACACAAUAUUUUGCCAGUAAAUAGGGUAAUGUGGCAGCUUGCAGAAUAACACUCGGCAUUUAGUGUCUCAUCAAUAAUCAUUAUAAACAGCGAUGACAUCUUAGCUGUAAGUCAGAUUGCCUUUUUAGUGUUUUUUGUUUCAUUUUUUUCCCAUUUUUGAUUUUUGAACUUCUGUUUUUUUACUCUGAUUUUAAGGAUUCUGAUUUACAUCUACUUCUAACAUUAUACAUGCAUUAAUUUAAAAUUCAUUGGAAACAACACUAUUUGAGAGCAUUGCUCUUCUUUUAUAUCAAUUUUUAAAAAUCCGUGGCUUGUUUAAUUGAAUUCAAAUGUAAAGUAACAGCUCAAAAUAUUUGUUAAAUUGAUGUACAAUACUGUUAGAUUGUACUGUAGAAUUGUUGAGGGGUUGUGAUUCUUUGGUUCGAAAUUAAAACAACAUUUAUUUUGAUUAAAAAUACUGUUGCUGGUAACAAUUUGAUUACGUUUAAAAUAUGCUUAGUAUUCAGCAAAUUACAACUGAGUGUACUGAUAAUUGUAAAAAAAACUUUUUAUAAGCACUUUAAAGAAAAAUAUUUGCAUUUGUGCCUGCUGACGGGUUGAAUUUUUGAAUAAGACAAUGGAGUACAAAUAUUGAAUUGUAUAGUGAAACACAUUACAUAACCAAACACAAUAAAUUAUACCUUUUAAAUACUUUUUGAAGCUUUU